AUGAAGAUUCUCGGUGCUGUUUCCGCCAGCGCUUUUACUUUCUUGUUGCUCCUGGAGUCUGUUGAGCCAUCAAAUGUGUUUAAGUGUGCUUCUGGCGAUAUAUUUUAUAUGGGGGCAAUAUAUGACCUUGCAUUAAAAGCUGAAUAUCAAUUUUCGUGUCCCGAUCACCCUUUAAGUCCCGAUGGGGAAAAAUGCAAGGCCUAUUCGUUCACUAAUCCAUCGGAAAUCAGUCAGUCCUCUUCGCUCUCAGCUUAUACUAUUACUGACAAUACCCAUUUAGACUGUAUCAAUGGUAUGAUUUUAAAUGGACUGAAUGUAAAUUACAGGAGAACGAUCGGCAGAGAACACAACUAUUUUCCAAAUGAAAUCAAGGGGUUUGUUAAAUUACCUAGACAUUCAGGGUAG